GCUGGAAGGUGUGGUAGGAGAGCAGAGAAAACUAGUGUGUUUAAGCCCAGAAUUGUACAAAUUUGUAGCCGAGAGACUGCUUUCACCUAUGCUGUCAGUGCUGCCGGCGUGGUGAACGCGAUCAGCCGGGCUUGCCGUGAAGGAGAGCUCUCCAGCUGUGGCUGCAGCCGGACCGCCCGGCCCAAGGACUUACCCCGAGACUGGCUGUGGGGUGGCUGCGGAGAUAAUGUGGAGUAUGGAUAUCGUUUUGCCAAGGAGUUUGUGGAUGCCAAGGAGAGGGAGAAGAAUUAUGUGAGAGGUUCAGAGGAGCAGGCUCGCAUGCUGAUGAACUUGCAGAACAACGAGGCCGGUCGCAGGGCUGUGUACAAGCUGGCGGAUGUGGCCUGCAAGUGCCACGGUGUGUCGGGCUCCUGCAGCCUCAAGACCUGCUGGCUGCAGCUGGCUGACUUCCGCAAGGUGGGCGACCUGCUGAAGGAGAAGUACGCCAGUGCCGCUGCCAUGAGGAUCAGCCGCAAGGGCAAGCUGGAGCUGGUGAACAACCGUUUCAACAUGCCGACGCAAGAGGACCUGGUCUACGUCGACCCCAGUCCGGACUAUUGCCUGCGCAACGAGACCACUGGCUCGCUGGGCACCCAGGGUCGACUGUGCAACAAGACCUCAGAGGGCAUGGAUGGGUGCGAGCUGAUGUGCUGCGGACGGGGUUAUGACCAGUUCAAGAGCGUCCAGGUGGAGCGUUGCCACUGCAAGUUCCAUUGGUGCUGUUAUGUCAAGUGUAAAAAGUGCACAGAGAUCGUCGACCAGUACGUCUGUAAAUGAAGAGAGCCACCAAAGCAACAAAUCUAUAUUAUAUAAAUCUAUAUAAAUAUAUUUUAUAUUUGUAUAAAUAAACAGAUGAUGAUAAUAAUUAAAGAAGCUUAUUUAAGAGACAUUUUGGUUUUGAAAUUUCCCCCAUCAGGCCGGCUGGUU